AUGUCCGGCGAGCAGAUAUCUUCUCUCCGCGAACGCAAGCCCGAGGCCUUCAAGGUCAAUGGCUCUCGUGCGCUUACCGACGACGACGACGCUGUCGCUGGACCUGGCGUACGGAUGGUGCACCAGGCCAAGGGAAGCCUUCCAAACACACCUCUUGGGGCAAGCGUUAUUAGCGCCAUUCUCGGCGCUCUUUUGGGAGUCGGCCUCUUCGCAGCCGCUGCCCCGCUCUGGCGCUUUGCUGGCCUGGACACGGCGGGCUGGGCGCGUCCUCAGCUCGGAAUCUACCUCGCCGCCAUGGGAUUGUUCCAUCUCCUCGAAUUCUGGACCACUGCCGGAUGGAACUACCACAAGUUGUCCAUUGAUGCGUUCCUCCUCAACAACGGCGCACACUACCAUUACGCCCAUGCGGCCGGACUGGCCGAGUACUUCAUCUCCUCUUACUUCUGGCCGGGCAAGUUCAAGUCGCCCUUCGCAUCCGUCCCCGUCCUUUGCAUCUUCACUGCACUCAUGCUCCUCGGUGAGGUGCUCCGCGCCCUCGCCAUGGUCCAGGCCGGCCACAGCUUCUCGCACAUUGUCAAGCGCGUCAAGCUCAACGACCACGUCCUCAUCACCCACGGCGUGUACGCGUACGUCCGGCACCCGAGCUACGUCGGUUUCUUCUACUGGGCUGUCGGCACGCAACUCCUCCUCUGCAACAUAUUCAGUACGCUGGCAUUCGUUGUUGUGCUUGGGCGCUUCUUCGGCUCGCGCAUCAAGGACGAGGAAGUGUGGUUGCGCAACUUCUUCGGCGAGGCGUACACGGUAUACUCCAACAAGGUGGGCUCAGGCCUCCCCUGGCUGAUCAAGUAG